GACAUCCUUGCUAACCCCCAACGCGCCUUUCACCAUUGGAUUGCGCAACAGCACAUGAAAGUUCAGGACAGUUGGGGAUGGGCCAAGGAACAGACCCAGGGUGAGGAUUCAAAAAUCUAUGCCCUCUUCAGAGUUCCCGAGGCCGAUGUUGCAGCCUUUGCCGCCCUUAGCGGGCGCGAAGGGUUUUUCAUUGACCCUCCGAGAUGGACGACUUUUCCUGCAUUUUCUGUCCAGUGGGCAGAGAAAGAAGUCAAGGAGACAGACCUUGAAUUUCUCCAGCGUGUGCGGGCUGUUGAGUCCAAGUUUGGGGUUGUUGUUGGUCGUCGAGGGUUGGGAAAGCGCAUUGCCAGGGAUGCAAAUCAGGCGAUUCCGCGCACAUGGUUGCUUGAACAUGCCCCAUUUGAUUGGGGAUCAGUGCAAGCGUCCAAAGCAGUCUCAACCAUUUUUGAGAAUGUCACCAUGCUGCGCCAGCAGCGGACGAGGUGGGCACCAGUGCGAGCCAAGCCGCAAGCCCAAACCAUACGAACCAAUGGCUCAUGGUCCCUUCUUCCCCCUCGCGAUCCAUUUGCCGAAACCACCAAGGUCGCUCAAGCUGCCUCCCAGGAUGAUGCUGAGGAGGUGUCGGCCACUGAUGCAUCCAUGGAGGCAUCUUCAAAGCAGGCACCGUCGGAGGGAAAAGAGGCAAAGCGAGAGUCUACCAGUAAGGGCAAAGGUGUGGCCAAGCGAGUUUGCACCGAAACACGGGAUUUGCCUAAAGGGGUUGAGCAACAGCAGGCACCCACUGAUGGGAGCUGUUUAUUUCAUGCAGCCUCUGCCGCCAUUGCUCACAUUCUCAAGUGCGAACCUGAGGCGCACAGUGUGCUACGUGCCAAGGUUGUGCAACAUUUCAAGAGAAACUCCUCCCGCUAUGAGGCCAUGUGGGAUAAGGAGCUCCCGGACCGUUCCCAGGGCAACAGUUUCCAGGAUUACAUUUCGGCCAUUGCAGUUGUUGAUACUUGGGCUGGGCCCAUGGAGCUUGCAGCCUUGGGUCGGAUUUAUGACAUCAAGUUUGUGAUUUACCCGAGGUCCCCGGAUUUGGAGGUGUGUGCUGUUCAUGUCAACCAACGGAAGCGGGUCGCUGCCCUUGCUUUCACAGGAAGCCACUAUGAAUGGCUCAAGCCUGUCAGCAAGCUCCCUCAGGAGCUGUGCGAUGUGACCACCCCUCCACCCCAGGUCCCAAUGCGAGGCGGAGGCAAAGAGCGGAGUGCAAAGUCCUUCGCAUGCCGCGUCGGUGUGGACUGCCUCGAGCCCGAAGUCUGCAUGGACCGUAGAGCAACGACCGGCAUGGACCCACAAGGUCGACCAUACAUCAGGCAGCCAUCGAUCAUCAAGGCCAACAGUGGUGGUGCUGUUUAUUGGAAGUGUCCACUCUGUGAGUUUGGUAUUCCUGCGCAAGAUGCCUUUUCUAAAAGUGCAGAUGCUGUCACUGCUGACAAGUUCGCGCAUUGCAAGGCUGCACAUGUUAAGGUGACGUGGACCAAGUUUAAGGCCCUGGAUCGCAAGCAGACUCUUGAAAAAGCGGCGGUGACACGCCGCGGCCGGGAGUGCAUCAAACGGCUCAGUGCUGCAAAGGGCACCGAACUUGAAGGCGACGCCCUCACCCAUGCCAAGAGAGGCCCACCACAAGAAUACCCCGAAAGGGCCCGCCAAAACGAGAGAGAGCGAUCUGCUCCGUACCGCCAUUUCGAUUUUCAGCUUGCCACUUUCAUCCGCAUUGCCACCUUGAACACUGUUGGCAAGGGUGUUUCUGUUGUCAAUGAAGUCUCCAAUUUCAUGGACAGCCACAAUCUUCAAAUUUGCACUGUGGCCGAGGCUGAUAUCACUGUGGCCUCCGCACCUGGAUACAUCCGUGCAUGGAAGCUUCGAGGUUAUCAGGCUGCUUUGUCUGUGCCUGAACCUUCGGGGAUUUGCCGAGUGGCCUUAAUCAGCCGUGUGAACUUUCGGGAUUUUAAGAUUGCUGAGGGCCUUGCUCAACACAGGUGUGCUGCGGGGCUCUUUGAGUUUCGCAGCCACGACAAAGAUCGCCAGUUUGUUAUCGCUUCGUUCUACGGGCAGUCUGGGAAUGCACCUGCAGCCGCAGCGCAAGCUGAGGAUGUUCUGGCUGCUUGCAACCACAGUAACCUUCCUUUCAUUGUUGCUGGUGAUUUCAACUUAGAACCCAAUGAAGCAAUCAUUGGAGAGGCCAGAGCGACGGGGGUCAUUAAAGCAUUGGACGACGCCUCGGGCGGGGCCCCGUUGCCUGCAACGGGCCCAGCACGCAAACGCAGAAUCGAUUAUGGGUUGUGCCAUUGGUCGGUUGCUGCCAGUUCCAUUUUGCAUUUUGACCCAGCUUUCUCUGAUCAUGCUUCGGUCUGUUAUGAGGUCCCGUUGGAUGUGCCACCGUUUCAUGUUGGGCCCCGACGCAGUCCCAUAAAUGAUGAUUCCAGGGAUAUCAUUGCUGAAAGGUUUUCCCAGCUUGAUUGUACGCCGUUUCGGGCGGCUCUGGACCAAGGCAACAUCGAUGAUGCAUGGCGCCUCCUUUCAGAUUGGGCUGAAGCAUGCCUCACCUCUGGCAGCUCUGAGGCUGUGACACUCAUUCGGAAAAAGGGUGGGCCCACCACCAGGCCCAUAACUCUGACGCAAAUCAUGUGGCGCAUUGGGGCCAAAUUUGUCGCCCGUGCAUUGCGUCAAUGGGCGCCCAAAUGGGCUUCGGAGAGUGAUCACGGUGGCCUCCCGGGACGUUCCAUCAGUGACGUCCUCUUUCAGGUCCAAGCUGCUCUUAAUCGUGGCAUGACUACUGCUGCUUUGAUGGACGUGGCAGGUUACUUCGAUGCCAUGAAUGCCAAGAUGUUGAAGAAGGUUUUUGCUCAUUUGGGUGCACCGGUGCAGUUGGCUCCCCUCCUGGAGUCAUUCUACUCUGGAGCCUUUAGGUACUUCUGCUUUGAAGGUUCGUUUGACCCAGAGUAUCAUGUGGUGCACUCCGGUAUUGCACAGGGCUGCCCACUCAGUCCCAUCGCUGCUGCAGCCUUGUCGCAUUGUUGGAGUGAGUACAUUAAGGCCUCUUGCAACAACAUAUGUGUGCAGAUUUUUAUGGAUGACCGUACUUUGAUGCUGGAACCUUCGGGAUCUUACCAGGACCUUGAACGAGCGAUAAGUGCAAGUGCAACUUUUGAUGCUGCCUUUUCGCUGAGCCUCUCGCCUGCUAAAUGCUUCAUUGCCUCGAGCCGGCCGAGUCUGCAAACGGCCCAGCUCGCAGACCGAUGGGGUUUUUCAACGUGCUCGCAUCUUGAAUUGUUGGGUGUGUGCUUUGACUUUGAGGGCAAAGGUACCAUUCCCAAGUUUUCUUUGAGGAAGGCGGUUCUCCGCUUAAGAUUGCUACGUUGGACCCAAGCUUCGACCAGGGCUCGCAUCAAUUUGGUGAGGGCCCUCAUCAUGCCGUGCUUGGCCUGGGCCUCGGGCUUCGCUCAGCCUUCUCGUGCUGACCUGGAGGCUGUUCGAGCUGAAGUCAGGUUCUUGUUUAGUGGAGGUUAUGGUGGCGACACUGCCACCGUAGCCUUCUUUGAGCUGCUUGGAUGGGGCUUAGAACCGUGGCACUACUUGGUUCUUUAA